AUGCAGAUUCUGGGCGUGCAACAUCUAAAGACAACAGCGUACCACCCUCAAGCAAAUGGUAUGGUCGAGAGGUGGCACCGCACAGUUAAAACUGCAAUAAAGUGUCACGCCACAGAAGACUGGUGCUUCGUAUUAUCCAUCGUUUUACUAGGUCUUCGGGCAGCAGUAAAAGAAGACAGCAAAUCCAGCCCGGCCGAAAUGGUUUUUGGAAGCGCUUUACGUUUGCCAGGCGAAUUUUUUCAAGAGUCGAGAAUAAACACUAACAGCACCGAAUUCGUCAAGCUGCUACGACGCAAAAUGCAGUUAUUAAAACCUAAUUGUGCUUCCCGUCAUCAUGUUGGUAAAUUUUUCAUGCAGCCAAGUCUUAAGGACUGUAGCUACGUUUUUGUCCGAAGCGACCACGUUCGGGCUCCGUUGGAACCACCUUACACGGGCCCAUUCGAAGUUAUUGCAAAAAGUGAUAAAUAUUUCAAAGUACAAUUACAACAACGCAAAGCCAACAUUUCUAUUGACAGACUAAAAGCAGCAUACGUUCCAGCUGACUACAAUUUCAAUCACACAAAUAGUGGAAGUCUACCCCAUUCAUCGUCAGAUUCAACAGACAACUCUAUGGUAGAAUACCAACCAGUGCCUUCACCGGAUAGUCUGGAAGAGCAAAGCAGUAUCCAUACAUCAGAUUCGAAUUGCCAAGAAGAGGUUAUGAAAACCACACGCUCCGGAAGACAUGUCCACUUUCCAGCUCGUUACCUAUGA